GGAAAUGUCAAACAAACCGGCGAUGUGUUUAGUUUAUUAAGUCGAAACUACUUAUCUUUGAACUCUGAAUAGCUCAGUGGGUAGACUACUUUUCUUUUUGCAACAUGAAAUCUCUUUCUUAACGUAUUCAAAUUUCAUUAUGGCUUUUCUUAUACUUACUUUCUUUGUUAUUUUUCUAACGUUUAUCAUUUUGCAAAAAUACCUCAUGCUUAGACGAUAUUUUUGGAAGAAAAAGCAUGGAUUUAUUUCUGUUGGAUUCUUUCAUCCUUAUUGUAAUGAUGGGGGAGGUGGAGAGCGUGUAUUAUGGUCUGCUAUUUUAGCAGUGCAGAAGAAAUACAGCAUUGCACAAUGUGUUGUCUAUACUGGUGAUGCAGCGCCAUCAGAAGAAAUACUUGAAAAAGUGUACCGAAACUUGAACAUUGAAUUACUACGGCCAAUUAAAUUUGUGCGUCUCAAAUGUCGUUUUUUGGUUGAAUCUAAAUAUUAUCCUUAUUUUACUUUACUAAUGCAAAGCUUAGGCUCUGUCGUUUUAGGAAUAGAAGCUGCUUUUAAGCAUGCUCCUCAUAUAUACAUUGAUACCAUGGGUUAUUCAUGGACUUUACCAAUUUUUAAAUAUCUUGUUGCUUCCAAGAUUGGUGCAUAUGUUCACUACCCUACUAUUAGUACAGAUAUGCUGACAACUGUAUUGGAGCGUAGAAUUUCUGUAAAUAACAAAGAAUUUAUAUCAAGCAGCAGCAUCUUUUCGUUCAUAAAAUUAAUUUAUUAUAGGAUAUUUGCAUUUUUAUAUGGGCUAAUGGGAAGGCAAGCUCAAAUCAUAAUGGUCAAUUCCAGUUGGACAAAAGACCAUAUACUGAAAUUAUGGAAAAAGCCUAAUCAUACUUUUGUUGUCUACCCUCCUUGUGAUGUGUCUCAGUUUCAGAAUAUCCCAUUGUUAAGAGAUAAUAAUAAAGAACUUAGAAUUUUAUCUAUUGCUCAGUUUCGUCCUGAGAAAGAUCACGAACUUCAAAUAAAAUCAUUUCAUCAAUUUCUUAUCCGAAGUAAAUGUAUUGAUAGUUCUGAUACUCUAGUUCUUAUUGGAAGCUGUCGACAUGCUGAAGAUUUUGCACGAGUGGAGAAAUUGAAGGUUUUGAGCUCUAAACUAGGCAUAGCUGAAAAGAUUGAAUUUAAAAUCAAUUUAUCAUUUCAAGAAAUAAUGCAGGAAAUGGAAAAAGCGGAUGUUGCCUUACACACAAUGUGGAAUGAACAUUUUGGAAUUGGUGUUGUAGAAUGUAUGUCUGCUGGCUUAAUAAUGAUUGCUCAUAAUUCUGGAGGUCCAAAAUUAGAUAUCAUACGAAAUCAAUCACCUGAUCAAACGGGAUUUCUGGCUGAUUCUGUGGAAACAUAUGCAAGUGCAUUAGAAACAGUUAAAGACAUGAGUUCAGAGCAGCUACUUCAGAUUAGAAAAAAUGCUCGACAGUCUGUAUCGAGAUUUUCUGUUCCAAAAUUUGAAAACUCCUUUCUAGAUGCAGUUAAAACACUUUUCUCUUGAUGAAUCAUGUUCCUUAUUAAGGUAAAAAUCUCGAUACUUUGAUGGAAAUGAAGUUUUAUGUAAUCAUAGAAUAAAUA